AUGUCUUCCCAGAACAUCAGCGAGAAGGGGGGCGAUGUCGAUGUCCGCGGCACUACCCCGUCUCAGAGCGACGUUGACGUUCCGGAGGCCGGCAUCGAUGAUGCGUGGAAGUUCCUCAACGAGCACCGCGAUGCUGCCGGCGUGGCCGCCAUCAACAUCGACUCGCUUCGCCUCAAGAUCGACCUCCACAUCGUGCCUCUCAUGUUCCUUUGCUACACGAUGCAGUUUCUUGACAAGGUCAUUCUGAAUUAUGCGGCUGUCAUGGGCCUCAACACCGACCUGCACCUCCAAGGGAAUGACUUUUCAAAUGUGGCUACAUUCUGCUUUGUCGGUUUGCUUUGCUUUGAGAUCCCCAACGCCUACUUCCUCCAGGUCGUCCCAGCUGCCAAGUGGCUCGGGCUCAAUGUCACCCUCUGGGGCAUUGCCACGGCCUGCGGUGCCGCUGCCCACAACUACCAGACGCUGCUUGUUUCUCGUGUCUUUCUGGGUAUCUUCGAGGCCACCAUUGGGCCUUCCUUGAUGCUCAUCAGCAGCCAGUGGUACACAAAGUCGGAGCAAGCUCCUCGCUUCUCGUUCUGGUACCUUGGCCUGGGCCUGGGCCAGAUCCUCGGCGGUGCCAUCUCUUACGGCUUCCAGCAUGUUGCUCCUGGUGCAACCCUGGCUGGCUGGCGCAUCAUGUUUGUUGUCUUGGGAUGCGUCACCGUUGUCAUUGGCCUCUCCACCUUCUUCUUCUUGCCUGAUACCCCUAUGAAGGCUUCCUGGCUGUCCGAUAAUGAAAAGGUGGCCCUGUUGAAGCAUGUCAGUGUGAACCAGACUGGCAUCCAGAGCCGCAAAUUCCGCCCCAAGGAGAUUGUGGAGGCCCUCCUUGAUCCUCAGAUCUACCUGUUGCUGCUAUCCGUCGUUUUGCUCUCCGUCUCUAGCGGUGUCGUCACUACGUACUCGGCUACUCUGAUCAAGAACUUGGGCUACCUGCCGGCCAAGGCUGCCCUGAUGAACAUGCCCUCGGGUGUCGUCAGCAUCUUCUUUACUCUGCUCGUCGGCUUCGGCGUUCGCAGGCAGUCCCACCGAUGGGCUUGGAUCAUCGCAUGCAUCAUUCCUGCCAUUAUUGGAGGCGCCCUAAUGUCCUUCCUUGACACCAAAACCCACCACGCGGGCGUCUUGGCUGGUAUCUACCUGGUCAAUGCAGUUGUCGCUCCUCUGACACUCUUCUACGCCUGGACUGUCGCCAACGUCAGCGGGGCCACCAAGCGUGCCUUUGCUGCUGCCAUUGUCAGCGGCUCAUUCUCCCUGGGCAAUAUUAUCGGACCCCAGACCUUCCAGGCUCGUGAUGCGCCCGACUUCCGACCCGCCAAGCUGGCCGUCAUGGGCACUCAGGCUGGAUGUGCCGUGACUACCUUUGCUCUCUUCCUCUACUAUGUGUGGCAAAAUAAGAGACGCGGCGACCGCAGCCAACAGAACGAGGAACAAUUCAUGUCUCCUGAGGUCUGGGCCACCAUGACGGAUAAGGAGAACAAGAUGUUCCGUUAUUCUUACUAA